UGUUUUUGGUUGGAUAUUUUGAGAUUUAUCUUGUCUGUUAAGAUGAGAUAUGAUGGCUUGAGCUUGAGGUAAAAUUGUCCGGGUGAGUAUCCAAUGGAGCGUUGACUUCGUUUUUCUGUACUUGAAAUUGGGUCGAUUCAGCUCUUACGUGCUGGUCUCUUUCUUUGAUAACAAUUCUGACCGACAGCCGCCGUGGCUCUAAUCUAGUUUCAAUAAGAAAUUGAUCUCUUUGUACCAUCCGAUCCGAUUUAGGAGCCUGUUGCUUGAAGUCGAAAGACCAACUCCAAGUCUGAGGACACAAUUAAAGUUGCCUAUGUCUAAAGUAUUCGCACUCCUCUGUAGCAGGUAGAUUACAGCUGGGGGUUCUCAGGGGUUCGGAUACUCUGUUUGACAUCCUGUCUUCCUCAUUUUUUAGAUGGAAGAUGAGAAAUCGCAAGACGGUAGCAAGCCGAAGGUGUCAGUUUCUGGAGACCUUCUCGAACUGGAGCACAACGCUUCAUCUCUCGAGAAACGUCUUUUAGUAUGGAAUAGAGGAAAUAAGCCUACGGAUGCAAGGGAUCUUCUGAAAGGACCGCCAAAUAUUGGACCAACAACCGAGAGCAGUGUUUUGGGGCGAAUCAAGUCCUUUCUUCCUACUCUCGAUGAAGCCAACCGUAAGCUCUUCUGUGACAUUGAGAUAAAUGGAGCUGAGCAGUUUAAUAUCGAGGGUGUUACAGAUGCAGACCAGCGGUAUGUUGAGAUGGACUUAGCCCUGGGUGUGGCCGAUUUGCUUACUCCAGAGGCCGUUGCAGCAGCGGAGUUGGCCUCUAACGGCCAAGUAAUGCAAAUAAAUAGGACGUCUGGUGCUCUAGACUCUAGCUCAGAUAGUGACUCGGAUGAAGAAGAAGGCCACAGGGAAAGUGAUAUACCUACGGUCUUGGGACUUAUUAGAUCCCCAGAGGAGCAGAAUCAAAUACCUGACACCCAGGAAGAUACUAAAGCCAAUAGAGAUCUCAAGCGGAAGAACAUAGAGCAAUUAUGAAUGAUGGACAUCAGGCUCUCAGUACUAUUUAGUACUGUCUUGUAUUAUAUACGAUUUUUUUCUUAUUAUAUUUGUAUUCGCAUGUUGGAUCUCAUCAC